CACUCUUUCUAAUUGGACCAACAAAUGGAGGAACUGGCCGCGCAACGGAAUUGGACGGAUGAGGAGCGCCUGGAGCUGGCAGCGAAGUUGGACGCCGAACUGGACGCCUUCAUCGAUGGCCUGGAGAAGAAGCGCUAUGAGGAGGGCUGGCCGGAGGACAGGUGGCAGGAAGAGAUGGACAAGCAUCCGUUCUUCAUGAAGCGUGCUCCGCAGCCAGGCGACGACGUGCACCCAAUGUUCGAGGGUCUGCAGAAGCUCAAGUACGAUCCGGAGGAGAACACGCGCGACGAACUGGCGCUCAACUACAAGGAGGACGGCAACUUCUACAUGAAGCAUAAGAAGUUCCGCAUGGCAAUCUACAGCUUCACCGAGGGCAUCAAGUCCAAGUCGGAGAAUCCCGACGUCCUGGCUGUGCUCUACAACAAUCGCUCGGCCGCCCACUACUUCAUCAAGAACUACAGAUCCUCGCUGAGCGACGCACAGCGAGCCCUGUUCUACAAGCCGGACUACACCAAGGCCCGGUGGAGGUCAGCACAGUGCGCCUACGAGCUGGAGAGGUUUGACGUGUGCACCCAGAUGUGCGAGGAGCUGCUCGAGGUGGACGUGGACCACAAGGAGGCUAACGCGCUGCUGCACAAGAACAAGAUGAAGAAGCUUGAGAUAGAGCGCAACCAGCGCAAGGAGGCUGCCGAGGCCAAGCGUCGUCUCACCCGCUUUCACAGGCUGCGCGAUGCCAUCGAGCAGCGGGCCAUAAAGUUUGACGAUCAAAAGGUGGGAAAGAAGGCCACGCUGAGCGAGGAGCUUCUCCGCCCCAAGUUCCUGCCAUUAGAGGACCACCCAGUGCACCUGGACGAGGACGGCAGCACGCUGGUCUGGCCCGCCGCGUUCUCCUAUCCGGAGUUUCUGUUCAGCGACUUCCAGCAGCAGCUGCCGGAGACAGCUACAAUGCGGGAUUGCCUGACGACGCUGUUCAACGAACCACUGCCCUGCGAUAAGACGCAGAGCUACCGACUGGGCAACGUGCACGUGUACUACGAGAACCGCAAGGUGGGCUGCGUCCACAAGGUGGCCGAGGAGAAGCAGCUCGCCGAGAUCAUCGCUGAGAAGGGAUUCUUCGUCUCCGGCGGGGCCCUGCUCUUCUAUGUGGUGCCCAAAGACUCGCGGGUGGAGCAGGAGUUUAUACACGAACAGCGACGACCCAUGGUUUAUAGUUGAGGCAGUAAGGAAAUAAAGCGGAUCGUUUUUAAAAAAA